AUGCUGUCCUGCUUUCUGUACCUCCUCGCUUUUUUUUCUCAAUUCUACACCAGAGCUCAACUCAAUGACCGAGAGUCGGCCUAUUCGCUUCCUCAAUUCUGCGACAGCGCCCUCCAAAACCAACCUCGUCUCGAUCGCUUGGCGGUCUGGGACAAGCAACUAUCAUCAAACACCAUGUCACCGCCUUAUAAACUGACAGCCACUCAGGUGCUGGAGCUCCUCCACAACAACACACUCACUGUCGAGGUGUAUGCUCGCUCCCUGCUCGACCGUAUCUGCGAGAGGGACAGUACUGUCAAAGCAUGGGCAUAUCUUGAUCCCGACUACGUGUUGAGCCAGGCACGAGCUCUAGACCAGGUCCCCACUGAUCGAAGAGGGCCUCUGCAUGGAAUCGCAAUCGGUGUUAAGGACAUCAUGAACACCAAAGAUAUGCCCACACAAUUUGGCUCUCCUAUAUACAAAGGGCACCGAUCUGACGUUGACUCCUCGGCAGUCGCCAUCCUGCGAGCUGCUGGAGCUCUGAUAUUUGGGAAGUUGACCUUGCCCAUCGCAGGCAAAACAACCACGACCGAGUUUGCCGUGACAAAUUCUGGACCUGAAACAACGAAUCCGCACGAUCCAAAUCGCACUCCUGGAGGAUCUUCUUGCGGAUCAGCGGCUGCGGUGGCUGACCUCCAAGUUACGCUCAGUCUCGGAGCGCAGACUGGAGGAAGUAUCAUCCGCCCGGCGUCGUUUACGGGAGUCUACGCCAUGAAACCAACCUAUGAUGUCAUCUCCACCGAGGGCCAAAAGGCAUUCGCCCCUACCUUCGAUACCUUCGGCUUCUUCGCGCGCAGUGUUGAGGAUCUGCAAUUACUUGCCGAUGUCUUUGGUGUCCAGGAUGACAGCACUCCUAGUGACAUACCGUUAGAAGAGCUUUCAGUGGCCCUAAUGAAGACUCCUAUGUGGGACUCGGCAGGACCGGGAACGCGAUCCGCCAUGGAGACGACCAAUAGCAUUCUAACCAGCGAAGGCUUCAAAGUAGAAGACGUCUCUUUUCCACCGGAAGCUACCGACCUUGCCACCUUGAAGAAUGUCCAAAAGGUGAUCACGCUUUCGGAGGCUCGGACCAUGUUUCUCAGGGAAUAUCGAGUGGGCAAGGAGAAAUUGGCUCCACAAAUCCGUGGUAUUGUCGAGAAUACUUCCAACGUCACCAACAAGCAGAGGACCGAAGCUUGCGAUACGUACGCCUCGAUGCGUCGCGCGAUAAACGAUGUUGCAAAGGACUACUCGAUCAUUAUUGCACCCAGCGCUGUGGACGAAGCUCCACUCGGGCUCGAUGAUAUGGGCAGCGCAACUUUUAAUACUAUGUGGACGGCAAGUUAA